AUGUUCAACGAACUGGUAUUGGACCAUUGCCGAAAUAGUCUAUGGUUUUUGAUUCCUAAUGAGGUUUCAGUUUUCUCUUCACAUAAUCUAUUUCAUGAUAUGGCAUUAUUUUUUGCUCCCAUGCAUAUAUUAUUAUUAAUCAUGUCCUUUUCACAGAUGUGAUGGUAUUAAAAAUAAACCCAUUAUUAGAGAGGUUUAAAAAAUGGUGCUUAUCUAAUUGUUAAGUUAUGGUCUCAUGAUGCCCCAAUGAGAGCCGACACCAUUCUCAUUUUGUGACUGUACUGAAGAUGAGAAGUCUCAUAAAACUUUCUAUCGUUACAUUGAGCGUAAAUUGGUAGCUUUAUUUCUCCCCAAGGAAAUCAUGAUUCGUAGUCUGAUUAAAAAUGUUUAGCCUGUAAGGUAUGUUAUCUCGGUUUUUGAACGUAAGAUGUCUAUGUCUCUUGAUGGAGCUCUUGUCGAUCUAUCACUCUAACUGAUAUCCUUCUUUGACCAGAAAAGUGUGAAAUAUUGUCUGGUUGGUUCGAUUCUUUUUCGGAAGAAGCGUUUGGGUGUUGUCACCUCUUGACUGGGGAUGAUCAAUUCAUCAUGAAAAAUUCUAGGCAGUUUCUGAACGAGACAAGUGUUGCUUGUACAACGACCAAGGAUAUUUCUGGAAUUUACAGCAAAAUAUCAGGAAAAGCUAAUAUGAAGGCAACUCGACAAAAACGGAAAACUACAGGUAAAUUCAGGAAUCAUCUUGAUUCGGUUUUCUGGUAUGCCCUGUUUGACAAAAGGUUCAUUUAAACAUGCUAACUGAAUUCUGCAUUGAUUUAUCGAUGUUAUUGGUGUGAAAAAUCUAAACCGUACCUUACUUGAAACGAUUGUUCCUAUUCAAAUGCGAGCCGUGGAGAAAUGAUAUUCAUCAAUUCAAUCUUCGUUGUGCAAUAUUUUUCUCAAGUUCAAGUGGGAAUUGUAAACAGGGACCAAUGAUCAAGUCUCUGCUAGGAAACUGUUGCAAGCAUUGCCAUCUACAAUCCUCCGUCCAUCAAGCUCAAGUCAGAUCAUAACCGAAGAUGCUCCCGACAUAGCAGAAAAGCAUCAUACUGUUGAGAGCCGGCAAUUCCUGCAGCCCUCUGAUAAGUUCAAACUUCAGUUGUUCCCGAUCGAUGAAGAUACCCGCAGAGUAUUGCAAGAGGUAUUCAGAAAUAGAAACCUCGCAGCUGUGAUCCUUCUUCAUCUGAAUAGCCUAACCGUGGGAACAUGGAUUUCCGCUUAUUACAGGGUGACCAUAAUCCUUACCUAGAGCUCACCCUACGGCCACGAAAGAAGAUAUCAUCAGUGGUGACACAUCUCACCAUCAAGUGGGGCAUCCCCAGGACAGCUUAUGAACUCGUGCUUUUUCCACACGAGGGUGGAGAAGUCAGCCUCUUGGGUCAUAAAACAUGGACGUUAAACGAUAGGGAGACCAGUGCAGCCGAUGUGUACUCGACAGUUGGACAACCAGAGAUAUUCCGUCUAAAGUAUGUCAUCCGCCCUUCACCUGUUAUAUAUACCUUUUUGUGAACAAUUAGUCUGCAGAUGGGUUCCGCGAAUUUAAGUGAGUAAAAGACUUGUAUCGUCUGUUUUUAAGGUAUGGGUUGUACCCGAAUCCAGGGUCAGAAAACUCUCAGCCACCUCCUGGGACAUACAUUUCAGAGAAGAACCUGCAAUCAAGAACAGGCAGAAGUAGAAACACUGUUGAAGGAGAAGAGCAACCGCACCCAUUAAUCACCCAAGAACUUGAACCAGUGCCUGCCAAUGAAGCGGGACCAUCACACGAACCAGACAAGCCAGUGGUACUCUUCUGCACCCAUUAAGUUUUACUUUUACUUCUGUAGGCUUCUCUCUCUCUCUCUCUCUCUCUCUCUCUCUCUCUCUCUGAGUGUUGGCAAUUCACACAUCUUUUUUUUAUACUGUCAAUAUUGUCAAGCGCAAUACGGCAAUGGGAGGCAGCAGCCUGCUCUCUUGGGUUGACUGUGUGACAAGUGUCAGCGUUGGGCAGCUACUCUCAGAAACUUCAAACGCCAACCAAGCCAGUCAACUGCCCACGGAGAAGAACCCAAGUUCCAAGCAUAUCUCCAACUGCGAUUCAUUCGACUUCGCCAUUGCCGACUUCAUCGCCCGCAACCAAUAUCCACAUUAUUCGACACAGCCGCCGUCCCUCUCCUCCAUCUGGGACGCGGAAGAAACGCGCCACGCCUUCCCCACGAUGAAGCCCACUUCGUCAAGGACCAAGACUUCUCCCGCGUGUGAUCACACUGCUGUUCAGGUUCGUUUCUCAUAA